AUGGAGAUGGAACGGUUGGCGUAUGAGUGGGUGAGGCGCUGUGAGUUUGAACAUCCAGAUAGGAACGUUCACACGCAAUACAAGGGAAUCGGACAAAACCUUGCAAUAAUGACCAUAGGCUCUCCGGAUUGGCUUAGGAUGGCCCAGGGUUGGUACAAUGAAAUUAAGGACUAUGACUACGCCAGUGACAGAUGUCGAGGUGUUUGCGGACACUACACACAGAUGAUCUGGGCCAAAACCACGGAGGUUGGCUGUGCAGCCCAGCGUUGCGACUCCACGAUGCCUUCAUGGAACCCGCCAGUCUACCUCCUGGCCUGCCAGUACAAACCAUCGGGUAAUUGGAAUGGACAGAAGCCGUAUGAAAGUGGGCGCAGUUGUAGUGGGUGUCCAGAGGGAUCGGUGUGUCAUCGCAACCAAUGUGUGACAGGUUCUCUCGGGAUCAACAAUAAACCGACUCCAACCAGGCAGCCAAUGAGGCCUUGGGAGCCACAAGUUACCAGGGAACCAGUACGGCCCCGAGAGCCACUUGCAACCAGGCAGCCAGUGAGGCCUAGACAGCCAGAACCACAACGCCCACGGCCGAAGUGUCUUCCCCGACGCAAAACUGGUUAA